GCAGGAAGCAGGGGGCCCCGGGGACCCCGUCGGCGGGCAGUGCCGGGGCGGCUCUGUGGCAGCAAGGGGCUGGCCGAGGGGCGGCCGAGGGGAGGGCAGAGCCGCCGUGCCGAGCCCAGCCGUGCCGAGCCGCGCAGAGCCAGGAGAGACGGAGCCGCGACGGGACGCGCCAUGCACUCCUGAGCUGGGCCGUGCCCGCCGAGCCGAGCCGUGCCGAGCUGCCCGCCCAGCAUGGCCCCCUGGCUCUGGCCGUGCCUGCUGGCCGCCCAGGCCCUGGCUGCCAACUUCCCCCCCAGGUACAGCCUCUACACCGGGGGGGGCGCGCCCCACGGCUCCGUCCAGGCCACGGCCCUGCAGGGCCCAGCUGCGACCCACGGCGGUGCCCGGGCCGCCAGCCGGCACAGGAACUGGUGUGCCUACGUGGUGACGCGCAGCGUGAGCUGCGUGGUGGAGGAUGGCGUCGAGAGCUUCGUGAAGCCGGACUACCAGCCCUGUGGCUGGGGGCAGCUCCAGUGCCCCCGCGUCCUGGCGUACCGCAGCUUCCUGCGGCCCCGCUACAAGGUGUCCCAGAGGACAGUGUCGGAGCUGGCCUGGCGCUGCUGCCAGGGCUACUCGGGCGAGGACUGCACUGAGGGGCCGGGGCCGGCAUCCCUGCUGCCCACCAGUCGUCCCCGACCCCGGCCCAGCCGCCCCACGCUUUCUGGCUUCGGCAACCCCCUCAGUGGCCUGGGGGGCGAAGGUGGUGUGGAUGCGGAGAAGGUGCGGCAGCUGGAGGAGCAGGUGCGGCAGCUGAGUGAGCAGGUGGAGGAACUGCGGGCCAGGCAGGAGCUGCCGCCGGAGCAGCCACACCGGGCAGCAGGCGGCAGUCCCGAGGGCGAGCAGCCGGCCGAUGCAGCCGCCCCAGCUGAAGUGCGGGAGGCCCUGAGCCAUGUCCAGCGGCGGCUGGAGGAGCUGGAGAGCCGCCUGCAUCGCCAGGAGAGCGGCCGGGAGGGUCCAGUGUCGGUGGCAUCAGGGGACCCGGGGGCAGCCACGGCACUGCGUGAGCUGGAGCAACGGCUGCAGGAGACCUGCGCUGCCUGCACAGCCGGCACUGAGGGGCUGCGGCGGCAGGCAGCGGAGGACCGGGAGCGCAUGCGGGCGCUGGAGAAGCUGGUGGGCUCAGUGGACCAGCGCAACCGGGAGGCGGUGGAGACGGUGCAGCGGCACAUCAGCAGCCUGAGCAGCCGCCUGGCACCCGCUGCCGCCCCACCAGACGAUCUGCACCGGCGCCUGGCCGAGCUGGAGCGGCGCCUGGAGGGGCUGCCCUCGGCCGUGAUGGGGCCUGGCGGGCAGGGACCAGUGCUGGCCCGGCGGCUGGCAGAACUGGAGGGGCGACUGAAUGCCUCGUGGGCUGGCCCAUGGCCCCCUGAGCUGGACAGGUGGCAGAGCGGGCUGCCGGCACGCCUGGCCAACCUGAGCCGGGUGGUAGAAGGGCUGGUGGCGAGCGGGGCACAGCACGGUGCCCGCCUGGCUGAGCUGGAGGGGCUGCUGGCCCGCUGCGGCUGGCCCUGCCCGGCACCCCCAGAGCUGACGGCGGGUGGCCAGGAUGGGCAGCUCGGCCUCCUCCUCCAACAGCUGGAGCAGCGGCUGCAGGACACUGAGGGGCAGCUCCAGGCCCUGGGGGCCAGCAGGGAUGGGCUGGGUGGGACUCUGCAGGGGCUGCGGGCAGAGCAGGGGGGGGCCCUGGCAGAGGAGCUGGCAGAGCUCCGCAACCGGUCGGGGCUGCUGGAGGCCAAGCUGGGGGGGCCAAGCCCCUGCCCCCCACCCUGCUCCCCACUGCCACCCCAUGAGCUGGAGCAGCUGCGGGCCGAGGUGGACGCCUGUGCCGCUGCCUGCCGCCUGCCCGAGCCUGGCCCCACCGUGCCGGAGGCGGAAGCGGAGGUGCCACUGGAGGGGUUCAGUGUCUUCGGGGGCACCUCACCCUCGGAGCUGCGAGCGCUGCGGGGUGAGCUGGUGGCAGCACUGCUUUCCCUCGGUGGGAUCAACACCACAGUGCAGGAGCUGCAGGAUUCUCUGGACCAGCAGGAUGCCCGGCAGCGUGAGCUGGAUGCCAUCAUUGACCGCAUCGUGGCUGAGCUGGACCAGGCAGCGGCGGCAGCAGCAGCACGGCAGGCUGAGAGCGAGGAACGGCUGGAAGGGCUGGUGCGGGAGCUGGUGCGGACCAGGGGCUGCCCAGCCGGCCUGGAACCACGGCUGGCCAAGCUGGAGGGAGUCUGCGAGCAGCUGGAGGCUGUGGCGGGCGGGCUGCGGGGCGUCCGUGAGGGUCUGGGCCGGCACGUAGCAGGGCUAUGGGGUGCAGUGCGGGAGCUGAAUGGCACGGCCCGUGCCCAGGACGUGCUGCUGGAGAAGGCGCUGCAGGCCCAGCUCCCACGUCGGCUCAGUGCCCUCAACGCCAGCCUGCAGCACCUGCGCGGGGAGCUGCUCCACCUGAGCCAGAGGGACCUCGCUGGCCCCCCUGGACCCCCUGGACCCAUUGGCCCCAUGGGUGAGAUCGGCCCCCCCGGCCCCCCCGGGCCCCCUGGCAAAGAUGGCGAACAAGGCCCCCUGGGCCCCCCCGGGCUGCCAGGAGAGAGAGGCACAGUAGGGGAGCCGGGCUCUGUGCCCCACAUCGCCUUCUCGGCCACCCUGAGCACCCAGCGCACGGAGCCAGGUACCGUCCCCUUCGACCAGGUCCUGCUCAACGACGGCGGUGCCUAUGACCCCGAGACGGGCACCUUCACGGCACCAGUGAGUGGGCGAUACCUGGUGAGCGCAGUGCUGACAGGGCACAAAGGGGAGAAGCUGGAGGCUGUGCUGUCGCGCUCCAACCAGGGCAUCGCCCGCCUGGACUCGGCCGGGUUCCAGCCCGAGGGGCUGGAGAAGGAGCCGGUGGCCGCGCUGCAGCCCAGCCCCGGGACACUCGGGGUCUUCAGCCUCCUGCUGCCGUUGGCUGCUGGCGAGACACUCUGCGUGGACCUGGUGUCAGGGCGCCUGGCCCACGCGCCUGACGAGCCCCUCACCGUCUUCAGUGGGGCCCUGCUGUACGACACCGAGGAGCCCUAGAGCCGCUGGACCCUCGGACCAGCCCCCUGGCAUGGGGCUGCCAGCCAGCCGGGGGCACAGCCAGGCCGGGGGGUCCCCACACCCCGGCGGGAUCCCCCCACCCGUCCUGUUAUUUAUCAGCACCCCCCCAACCCCUCAAUCCCCUGCCACCACAUGCCCUCACCCCACAUCACUGCCCCCUAGACCCCCACACCACCCCACCACCCCCGGCCCCCCCACUGCCCCCCACAAAAUAA